ACUCCCAGUAUGACCGAGAGCACAGCUGCUGUGACAACAUCAGGUCAUUCUCUUACAACCACCUUCCAUAUACCUUCAAGUCAACAUUACCAAGAAGAGCAUUCACCAUCAUUGUCAGGAUCAGAUUCUCUUCUUCAAAUAACCACUCCUGUGGUGGCUUCAACUGUAGGUAACCCAAAUCAGCAUUCAGCAACAAUGUCAACACCAGCUAUUCAUGUCUCAACUUAUCACACGGCCCCUACUGAAGUGUCUGCUGCGUUUGAAGAACAGCCUGUCUCACCACACAUUGGAGGAAUGCCGUCACCAAUUCAACACGAUUUUCCUGCACUAGUGAUGAUACUCAUAAUUUUGGGCGUGAUGGCAGGGAUUAUCGGAACUAUCCUUCUUAUCUCUUACUGUAUCAGCCGAAUGACAAAGAAAAGUUCAGUUGACAUCCAAUCUCCUGAGGGUGGUGACAACAGUGUGCCUUUGAGUUCUAUUGAGCAGACUCCUAAUGAAGAGUCCUCCAAUGUUUGAAAGACCUCAAGGAAAACAAGACUUCAAUCAAUGGGAAAAAUAAUCGGCUGUGUCAGUAAAUUAUGUACCUUCCUGAGCUACACCAUUGUAAGAAGAAAAUGCCACCUUUGGAGUCUGUGAUUCACUAUGGGGAUGGGGAAACUCUGUUAAUUAAUAACUGAUGAUGAACAAGAGCUUCCUUGUAUGCUUGAUUUUGCUCGCAGAAAUUUUUGUAACUGCUUGACUAGAUAUUUUACUCAAAAAUUUCAAUUGAGUUUGUGUGCCGUCCUUUAAGGCUGAUGUAUUCAACUCUGUUAUGGUUUGUUCCUGGUGACAUCACAGAAGGGCUUUUACUGUCUCCAUGAAAUCCAAGAUUCCUCAUCGCUUCAACCCCAGAGCCCAUUUUUAUUUAAUUUAAGUAAAUUAAAAGACCAGUAAGUCUUCCCGUGUUCUUCCUUGCCAGGCAGGCAGCACACAGCUCUCUUACUGGGAAGGAUGCUUUGCCAACACUCAGAAAUGCCACAAACAUAAAUGUAUGUAAGGACACUCACAGCCCUCAUUCAGUGUGUAAGUCAAUACAAAAAGUAUUUAUUAUUUUAAACAGGAAGUUGCUUUCUUGAAUAAUUCAAAAUAAUUUGACAAUGGCACAUUGACUCCUUCAGAGUAUGGACCAGUGUGUCAUGUUGAAAAGAGAAGUUUCUGGAACCACUCAGAGUACCCCCUAAGGAUAAAAUAUAAAAUAUAAAAAUAAUUAAGGCCCUUUCCUUGCAGUGGAAAUCAGACAGUAACUACUGUAACUGCAAGUGAGAGGCAUGGGUGAAAGCGUUAGUAACUGGGUUUUCAACAAACUGGAACCCAUCCAGUGGAAGCUUCCCUUCUUAAUAAAACUUUGAACUCAGAGGCUUUGUGGCUAUACUGCUGCCGUUCCUUUGUAGAAAAACUUAAGAUACUAAAUGAUUUUUAAGAGGACAUGACUUUAGGAGGGGUGGGAGGUAGGGGGUGGAGCUGGGACUGGCAAAGGAAGAGAGUAAGGGAUGAAAAUGUUCAAAAUACAUUGUAUGAAAUUCUCAAGAAUAAAAAAUAUAUUUUAAAAAAAUCAAUAUAAAAUAAAACCUGUGACUGUCUAUUUCCAAGUUGACAAGAGUCCAUGUGGCUUCCCUUGCUUUAUGAUAACUAAGUAAAUAACAUAUAUGUACAUAUCUAGUCUUGGAAACAAAUCUAUUUUUAAUAUGUUUUCUUUUUUUAAAAAAUCUGCCUGUAUGUUCAGAGAAUGUUUUAUAUUUGCCACCUAUUUAAAAUAAAAGAAUGGCAAUAAAAAGAGAAUAUUUGUUG